AUGUCAGAAACAAGAAGAAUUUUAUAUGCAAACCAAAGAGUUAGACCUCGGGUUCCAAUUGCAUUGGUUAAAAAAUUUAAUUUGCCAGUUGAAAUAAUUGACCCCGAAGAUAAGGAAUUCAAUGAUGGAGGUAUUUAUGCCAAAUUCUUUCCUUUGAAAAAAGUUCCAUCAUAUAUAGAAUUAGAUAAGAAUACCAAUGAACCUAUCUUUAUUUUAACUGAAGUAAUUGCUGUUAUUUUUUAUCUAUUGGAAACUUUUAUUGAUGAAAAUUCUUCUUCUCCUGAAUUAUUAGCUUUUGCCAAGUCUUUAAUCGAACCAGACAGCACCACCACAUUGAAUAAGAUUCAGUACAAAAGCUCUAUUUUGAAAUGGUUGAGUUUAACCAAUAGUGACUUUUUAAUUACUUUAGUUGGUGUUUUUAACCCCUUAAGAGGUGUAGUUCCAUAUAACAAGGAGUCUGUUGAUUCUAAUGCCGUUAAAGUCGACAAAAUAGUUUCUGAAAUUUUUGUUCCAGCCUUAUCUUCAAACAAAUAUUUAUUAGGCAAAAAAAUCACCAUAGCUGACUUCUUUGCAGUUGCUUGUUUUACUAGAGGUUUUGACUAUGUUUUUGGUAAAGAAUGGAUGGCUAAAUAUCCCGUUAUUGUGAAUUGGUUCAAUGAUGUUAGAAAGCAAGAUGGCUUUUUAGUUGAUUUUUACAAAGAUUUUGAAUUUAUUGAGAAACCAUUGGAACCACCAGUUAAAAAUUAA